UCCGACAAACUACCUCCGCGCAAAUCAACGCGCUACCGUACUAGCCAGAGAACUACCGCGAGAAAGUAUUCACGAAGCGGACAAAUGUAUACGGUUAAUUGGAACUUAACUUACUGCGUGUUUGUCGUUAUCUCCGUUUUCCGGUGUAGUAUGUAGUUUGCGAAAUUUUCGCGGCUGAUGAGUGUUGCGACGAACGUCCGGCGUGCGCAAGGAAGGGCUAGUUUGCCGGCGACGCGUGCGUUUAACGAACUUUUUUAGCGCCCCCUGCCAGCAACUUACUGCAACAUAUUACUAUACACAUACAUACGUAUAUAGUGGAAUUGAAGCGCACUCUAGUAGACUUUAUGUAUUACCAAUUCUAAUGGACUUCUUUCCGACUCGUACAACAAAUUUCAACGUUAUCUUCUUUAGUACGUCGACAUAUAGUUCAAGUAGUAUUUCAUCUUCGUUCAACGACAUCGUUCAACAUGCCGCCACAAUUAGCAACGAAAAAGCAUGCUAAAUAUUUUCAAAGGUUACUGCAAGUGGUGCCCAGUCGUUUGGCAGACCAUGAUUAUUCCAGACUAGCUAUAGCUUUCUUUGCUAUAUCAGGACUUGAUAUAUUAAAUUGCUUAAAUGAUCUUAGCAAAGAAACGAAACUAGAAGCAAUUGAGUGGAUCUAUAGGCUACAAGUUACUGGAGCUGGGGCACGUUCUGGUUUCCAACCAUCUACGAUGAUACCAAAGGAUGUUCCAAAAUACCAGUGUGGUCAUUUAGCAAUGACUUAUCUUGGACUUGUCACCCUUCUAAUUCUUGGAGAUGACUUAAGCAGAGUGGACAGAAAGUCUAUUAUCGAAGGUCUACGAGCUUGUCAAAAUACAGAUGGAUCUUUCGUAGCUGUUAUAAUAGAUAGCAACAGCGAGAAUGAAAGCGACAUGCGAUUUCUUUACUGCGCUUGUUGUAUAUCCAGCAUCUUAAAUGAUUGGUCAGGAGUAGACAAAGUGAAAACCAUUGACUACAUUUUAAACAGUAUUUCAUAUGAUGGAGCAAUGGGACAAGGACCUGGCCUUGAAUCACACGGAGGAUCUACAUUCUGUGCUGUAGCUAGUCUAUUUCUCAUGAAUGAGCUUCACAAUGUCCUGACAAACGAUCAAUUAAAUAGACUAAGAAGAUGGUGCCUCAUGAAACAAGAUAGUGGAUUUCAUGGACGACCUGGAAAACCGUCUGAUACUUGCUACAGUUUUUGGGUUGGCGCGACCCUACAAAUGCUCGAUGUUAACAAGUUUUCAGACCCCGAUGAGAACAGAGCAUUUCUUCUUGAAACUCAAGAUAACAUUACAGGAGGAUUGGCAAAAUGUGCUGAUAGCCAUCCCGAUCCUCUUCAUACAUACUUAGGUAUAUGUGGUCUAAGCUUAUUGGGAGAAUCUGGUUUAUGUAUAUUAAAUGCUGCUUUUAAUAUCUCCGAUAGAGCAUAUAAACAUUUAUUAAAACUGCACGAAGUAUGGUAAUGUUAUAAACAUUUAUGUAAAGUACUUGCAACAACUAAAUACCAUAUCAAGCGCACAGAAAUAAUAUGUGGAAGAAAAAAGUAACAGUUUUGCAUUUUGCCUCCAAUGUUUACGUAGUUCUUACAGGCUCUCUGUGCAGAGAACCAUUUAUUCUAAAAAUGUCAAUUAAGAAGAAUAUUAUGAUUUCGUAAUGCGUAAUUAAUGCUUUUGUUUCAACUAUAUCGUUUAAUUACUAAAGGUCUAGAAAGCACAUGCCAGAAGUGAAAAUAAAAUUAGCAGCAUAACUAAAACACAGCAAAGUGUCAUUAUAUACAAAUUUUAAAAGUUAUAAUAAAACAAUAAAUAUAUGUAUGAGCA